AUGUUCAUGAAGAGGUCAAGAAAUAAGAGAUUAGACAAACUUAUCUUUAUCUGGAUACAUGAUGUUGAGUACUAUCUAACACAAGAGUAUGAAAGAGUUAUGUCAAACAAUGGAGCAAUGAGCUCUUUUACUAGACAGCAAAGAAUCAGAGAGAUGGAAGCAGAAGAAGUUGAUGAUGAUGCAAGAGAGACAAUGAUUGUUGCUUCAGUAUCAGCAGAAAACAGUAGCUGGCAAGUGCAGUCAUUUGUUGAUGAGAACACAGCAUAUGUAGUUGAGGUUACAGAUAGGCUGAUUAUGAAAUAUACCUGUUUCGAUUUUGAAAGAAGACAAAAACCAUGCAAGCAUAUGUAUUUGUUAAAAAUGCACACUGCCUUUUCUUUGCACUUCUCAACCACUCCUUUAAACCCUACCUAUGAACACAAUGUCAUACCAAUCCCGCAACCCAUCAUCACAAACAAUUGCUCCUCCCUUUUCUUCAAUCAGUGCAUUCAAACAAAUCAAACACUGCAUCAAUCACAUCAAGACCUCGCCACAUUAGCACAUGACUUAGUAAACUAUGAAAGUUCUUAUUUUCUGGUAUCGAUCUUAGGGGACGGGGGGUUUUUGGCUAUGGGGAUGGGGGGUAACGGCACCACACAAUUUAAGGUGACUGCGAGUCCGAGGCCCGGCUAUAAAGUGUCUUGA